AUUUUGGUUAAUUUGUUGAUUAUAAUUAAAGAAAGUUCAAACAAUAUUUGUAAUGAGCGAUAAGAAAAUUAUACAGCAUUGCACUCAGCAACAAAAGAAUAUGUUGGUAGAUCUUUUGAAGGAUGAAAAAUAUUCACAAUUAAUUAGUGGUAAAUUCAAAGCGUCCUUCACUUUCGAACAUGCUAAAGGGAAAUGGGAAGAAAUAACUGAAAUAUUAAAUUCUGUCCCUGGGGCGAGGAAGGAUUGGAAACAGUGGAGGAAGACAUGGCAAGACUUCAGGUCCAAGACAAAAAAGAGAAAAUCAGAACAAAUUAAAUAUGUUCAUCGCACAGGAGGUGGACCCAGCUAUACUGAGGUGUUAGAUGAUGUGGAGGAGAAGAUUCUCAGCACUAUAUGUCCUGUUGCCAUUUCUGGAAAUGAUGUUGAUGAAAGCAUCGUAAGUUUCACAUUCCCAGAUGAAUUAAUGAAAGAUCAAGUAGUGGAAAUUGGCCAGAAUGAUACUCACCUCCAGGAUCUUGGAAAUCUGGCUGAAAACUCAGAGCAUACUUAUUCUAUUCCAAAUACAUUGGAAUCAGAUAUAUCAUUUAAUCCUUCAAAAACAAAGAGGACUGUGGCCAGCCAACGUCUUUUGUCCAGUGCAACUGCAACUACCACUUUAGCUGACAUAGCCAAGAGGAAGUUAGCAGUAAAAGAAGAAUAUUUACAUAAGAAAUUGAUUUUAUUAGAGAGACAAGUCUGUGCAGUGGAAAAUCUUGUGGAAGUUCUCAAGAAUAAAAACAUUUGAACACCUUCCCAGACAUGAAACAUGUACCUGAAUGAUGCACCUGUAUUCCUAGUUUUUUGUGUUUAUUUUUUCCUUUAUUUCAGUGUUAUCUCUAAGCUACAUUGGAAAUGUUAAUUAGUUUUGGGAUUGUUUAGGGUAUGAAACAACUGAUGUACUGAGCAAGAAGAUUCCAUUUUAUGUUUAUUCAAUAAUAAUUUUUUCAAAUACACAUCAACUUUUUAUCUGAAAUGAUUUAUCAAUCUUCUCUGUACCCUGAGACCCUGUACUAAUAAUGGGUUGCGUCUAUCAUUUUCAUUAUAAUUUACACCAGGGAGUAUGCCCAAAUCUAUUUCCUCUUGCUCUUCAUCCUCAUUCAACAAUAACUCUACAUUAUUCUCAAUACACAUGUUGUGCAGCACUACACAUGCAUUUAUAAUCUGUGAACAUUUUUGUGGGGAAUAAUGUAGAGUUCUAUGUUUCAAAAGACAUCUAAAUCUCAUUUUGAGCAGACCAUUACAUCUCUCAAUUGAGCACCUGGCUUUUUUUUGUACUUCAUUGAAGAGUUCUUCUUCUUCACUCUGUGGAUUCUGCAAUGGUGUUAUGAGCCAGGGACGCAGAGGAUAGCCUGAGUCACCUAGAAAUGAAAUUUAUUUGCUUGGCAUUUCAAAACAACUACUUCUCAGUUAUAUUUCAUUCAUGCUUCAGGAUUUUUAUCCAAAAAAUUUACCAAGAAGAAAAUAUCCUUCAAUCCCC